CGAGCGGGUGGGGAGCCGUCGCUGGGGGCUGGUUGGACUCGGUUUCCCACAGUGCCCGGGGCGGGUGUCAUGGCGAAGGAUGACACCGGAGUUUGACGAAGAAGUGGUGUUUGAGAAUUCUCCACUUUACCAGUAUUUGCAGGAUUUGGGCCAUACAGAUUUUGAAAUAUGUUCAGCUGUGUCGCAGAAGACAGAACAAUGCACAGCAGCGGAGGGGCAACAAGAACAAGAUACCUGUUCCACCCAGAAACAAGGCAUCCUGUCAAAACUAGCUGAGCUCUUUAAAAGCUCAUUUCCUUUUUCACCAUGUGAGAAAAAAGAUGACCUACUCUACAGAUUGGAUGUUGGGUUUCGACUGGACUCUCUGUAUACCAUCCUGCAACAGGAAGUUCUGCUACAUGAGGAUGUGGAACUGAUUGAGCUACUCGACCCCAGUAUCCUGUCUGCAGGGCAGUCCAAUCAACAGAAAAAUGGACACCUUCCAACGCUACGCUCCCUAGCAACUCCUAAUAUUUGGGAUGUGUCUCUGCUGCUUGCCUUUGUCAGUGCAUUGAUUAUACUUCCUUCAUGGUGGAAUGGAUCAUUCUGGCUGGUGUGGGGACUAGUUCUGUUUGUCUAUGUGAUCAUACGAGCUCUAGGCACAUGGAGGAUAGCCAAGCUGCAAAUGUCCCUGAGAAAAUACAGACUCCAGCUGGAAGAGACAGUGGCAAAUAGCCGUGCUUUUACUAAUCUUGUGAGAAAAGCUCUGCGACUCAUUCAAGAGACUGAAGUCAUUUCCAGAGGAUUUACCCUUUUGCUUGACAGGGUCAGUGCCGCUUGCCCAUUUAAUAAAGCUGGACAGCAUCCUAGUCAGCAUCUCAUUGGUCUUCGGAAAGCUGUUUACCGAUCUGUCAGAGCCAACUUUCGAGCUUCAAGACUAGCUACUCUGUACAUGCUGAAAAACUACCCUCUGAAUGCGGAGAGUGACAAUGUGACCAACUACAUCUGCGUAGUUCCUUUUAAGGAACUGGGUCUGGGUCUGAGUGAAGAGCAAGUGUCCGAAGAGGAGGUGCACAACCUCACAGAUGGCUUCAGCCUGCCUGCGCUCAAGGUUCUGUUUCAGCUGUGGGUAGGACAGAGUUCAGAGUUCUUCAGACGAUUAGCACUGCUGCUCUCUCCAGUUAAUGCAUCCCCCAAGCCCUUGAUCACUCCAGAACGUUUGCCUCAUUGUAUUUUGUCUGAUGUGACUCAAAGUCUACCUCACACUCAUGCUGCCUGCUUAGAAGAGCUUAAGCGAAGCUAUGAGUUUUAUCGGUACUUUGAAACUCAGCAUCAGUUAGGCUUGGAACAUGCAACCAAACCAAAACCGAAGUCCAGACCUCUGAACAACCUUCACACAGCAGUGCGCAGCUUGCAGCUCCAUCUCAAGGCCCUACUGAAUGAGGUAAUAAUUCUUGAGGAUGAACUUGAAAAACUUGUUAGCUCUAAGGAGACACACGAAGUAACUUUAGAAGACUAUCAAGUCCUAGAACAGAAACUAAAGCUGAUUCAGCCUCACAUCCAGGCAAGCAACAGCUGCUGGGAAGAGGCCAUUUCUCAGGUGGAAAAAAUGGUUCGAAGAAACCCGGAUAAAAAAGGCAAACCUGAAUCAUCCUGUGAUAACACACACUGCCCCAUGAUACCAUUACUACAGCCUGCCCUGCAUAUAGAGGACAAAGACCCAAUCCCUGAAGAGCAGGAAUUGGAAGCAUAUGUUGAAGAUACAGAUACAGACAAUGAGUACAAAAGGGAGGACUUUUAUUGCUUUUCCCAGGAAGAGAGAGAGAGACAAAAACGUGAGAGAGAGGAAUCCAAGAGAGUGUUACAAGAACUGAAAUCUGUGCUGGGAUUUAGAGCUUCAGAGGUAGAGAGACAGAAAUGGAAGCAGCUGUUAUUUAGUGAUCAUGCUGCAGUGAAGCCCUUGUCUCCUGUAGAAGCAGUGGAACCCAUACAUAAUUUGGAAUCCCCUUCGAAUUCAGAAGCAGGAAAGCAGGACUGUAACCAAACUAGUGAUGAUUCUGAAGAGAGAGACUCUAGCCCAAAAGCCCAUGUCACUGUGAGUAAGAGAAGCAGUACUGAAUAUUUAUGUGAUGAUCCUAUGAAGGAUGAAAACAAAGACUUUGCUGCUGAUGCAGGUGGAUCUCCAAUGGCUGUAAAAAGAACAUGUUACCAAUGUGAGGGUGCAGGAGAUGAAGUGGAGCCAACUGGUGUGGAUGGAAUAGAGGUUUUACAGUCCCCUUUGAGGGAUGCAUUUCAGUCCUCCAUCAAGCAAAGGCUGGCUCAGCUCCAUAUAUCAACAGAUUUCAACUUCACAUCAGGUCUGGCUGCACAGGUUGCCGCCAGAUCACUUACUUUUACUACCAUGCAAGAACAGACUUUUGGAGAUGACGAUGAGGAAGAGGAGGAGAAGACAGAGGAGAAUGAAAACCAUGUGGAAGAUAACAAGAAUGAAGACAGGCUUUGAAAAUGAAGGAGGAUUUUAAGUCCUACCUGACCUUUGUUAAACAUUGCGUUGCUUACUUGAAUUCCAUAAAAGGCAGAUGAUGUGGUUGAAAUAGCUCAGGCAUGGAUUCAGAGAGGAAAAUGCUGGAUGGAAAAAUUGAGACCUAAAUGUAAUUCUUACUGUUCCCUAUAUAUGAAGCUCUCAAUAGGGCUUUCCCAGUAUAUUGAUGAUUAUAUGCAGGUAAGCUAAGGAGAUAAAGGCUGGAACCCAGGAGUAGUCACUUGUCUCCUUCUGAUGACACCACUGAUGGGUUUUGGAACUUACCUUAAUAAUUUGUUUAUUUAUAUUAUAUAAUUUUUUUCUAAAAAGAAGAGAAAAGGAUGUCUUGAAUUUCAGCAUAUUCUGUCAUUUCCUGAUAUUGUUGUCAUAGUAGCAGUGUUAAUUAUAACACGUCAGAGUGAUUCUUUUUGAAAAACAUAAACUCUGUCAUAUGGUCUUCCACACCUCCUUCGCUUUGCCUUUAGUGUCUGCCAUAUAUUUGUUAACAACCUGAGGUAGUUGUAACUUCAUUGGUUAAAGACCCUCCCAAAUGAAAACGCAGAAUUUUAAAUAAAAACGUGAAAGUUGAUGUGUCCUGGAGUAUUGGGCUUAAGUAGUAUGAAGUUAGUCGCUCUUCAUAUUAAGGUUCCAUUUAUAAAUAGUUUAUAAAGGAUGAAUAAGUAAUUAAUAAAUGUUAUAAGCAAAUUAUAGAUGUGAGCAGUGUGUGUUAUGGAUGGUUGUAAGCACAUGAGUAGGUGUUAUAGAUGGCUAGAAGUUUGUUGGACUUUAUUACAAUAUAUACCAAUUCUUUUACCAUUAUUAAAACACCUAUUAAUGAUUUGUUGGCCCUUUGUAAGUGGAACCUUAAUAUAAGUGUGACUUAGGUUAUUUAUACAGGAUUACAGAGUACAGUAUUAUGUACAUUUGUUCUCUUGUAGAGCCAUUGUUAGGUGCUGGAAUAAAUUUUUAAGCUAAGUUAAAUGAGUAUUUUUUAAAUGAUGUACAAUAAUUUUGUUUAAAUGUUAAACUUGUUUUUCCUAAUGUUCUUUCAUUUUUCUCUGUAUCGCAGCUACUACCUGUCUGUCUAAGACCAGCAGAGAACAUGCACUUACAUUCUUUCAAAUUAAGCUGUAUCUUGUAACCCAGUUGACACUUAAGUCUAAACCAGUGGUUCCCAAACUUUAACAACGUGUGAACCCCUUUCACUAAAAUGUCAAGUCUCGUA